CAUUCGUUUCCUAUCCUCUUUCCGUCUCCGACCUCCAGAUCUCUCUUUCUCUCAUCCUCCCACCUCACUCUCUCCCCUGCUAUCCGAAACCCUAACGAUUCCAUUUCGCUCGCCCGAAGCGGAGGGAUAUUUUUUGUUGAUUUUUCGCUUGUAGCGAGUACCGUUUUGCGUCCGCUUCAUCACCGCCUUGGUCUGAUCUAACUUCAUUAGUGAGGAUGGCCUACGGAGAUCGGCUUACGAGCUUUGAGGAUACGGAGAAGGAGAGCGAGUAUGGAUACGUCCGCAAGGUAUCAGGUCCAGUUGUGGUGGCAGAUGGAAUGGGAGGAGCAGCAAUGUAUGAACUGGUUCGAGUUGGUCAUGACAACCUUAUUGGGGAAAUCAUCAGGUUGGAGGGAGAUUCCGCCACCAUUCAAGUUUAUGAAGAAACAGCUGGAUUAAUGGUGAAUGACCCUGUUUUGCGAACUCGCAAGCCUCUUUCAGUUGAGCUGGGGCCUGGGAUAUUAGGGAACAUUUUUGACGGAAUUCAGAGACCUCUAAAAACUAUUGCAAUUAAAUCCGGUGACGUGUAUAUCCCUCGCGGGGUUGCGGUUCCUGCUCUUGACAAAGAUAUCUUGUGGGACUUUGAGCCAAAAAAGUUUGUUGUUGGAGAUCAUCUAACUGGUGGGGAUUUAUAUGCUACUGUCUUUGAAAAUACUUUGAUGCAACAUCACGUUGCACUUCCUCCUGGCUCUAUGGGAAAAAUUUCAUACAUCGCUCCACCUGGUCAAUACAGCUUAAAGGAUACUGUGCUUGAACUUGAGUUUCAGGGUGUGAAAAAGGAGAUUAAUAUGCUUCAGACAUGGCCAGUCCGUUCACCAAGACCUGUUGCAUCAAAGCUUGCUGCGGAUACGCCUCUCUUAACUGGGCAACGUGUUCUUGACGCCCUUUUUCCCUCUGUCCUUGGAGGAACUUGUGCUAUUCCUGGAGCUUUUGGUUGUGGUAAAACUGUUAUUAGUCAAGCACUUUCCAAGUACUCUAAUUCUGACACAGUGGUCUAUGUGGGCUGUGGAGAAAGAGGAAAUGAGAUGGCAGAGGUGCUCAUGGAUUUUCCUCAAUUAACCAUGACACUGCCUGAUGGUCGUGAAGAAUCUGUAAUGAAACGAACUACACUUGUGGCCAACACUUCCAACAUGCCUGUGGCUGCUCGUGAGGCCUCAAUUUAUACGGGCAUCACAAUAGCUGAAUAUUUUAGAGAUAUGGGUUACAAUGUUAGCAUGAUGGCUGAUUCAACGUCUCGCUGGGCAGAAGCUUUGCGUGAAAUAUCUGGAAGAUUGGCUGAAAUGCCAGCAGAUAGUGGUUAUCCUGCAUAUCUAGCAGCACGAUUGGCUUCCUUCUAUGAACGUGCUGGGAAAGUGAAAUGUCUUGGUGGUCCAGACCGCACUGGUAGCGUUACAAUUGUUGGUGCCGUGUCACCUCCAGGUGGUGAUUUUUCAGAUCCUGUAACAUCUGCAACUCUUGGUAUUGUUCAGGUCUUUUGGGGACUGGAUAAGAAACUAGCUCAGAGGAAGCAUUUUCCAUCAGUGAAUUGGCUUAUAUCAUAUUCCAAGUAUACAAAGGCAUUAGAAUCUUUCUAUGAGAAAUUCGACUCUGAUUUUAUUGACAUUAGAACAAAAGCUCGAGAGGUGUUGCAGAGAGAAGAUGACUUGAAUGAAAUUGUCCAGCUUGUGGGAAAAGAUGCUUUGGCUGAAACUGAUAAAAUUAUUCUGGAAACGGCGAAGCUUCUGAGGGAGGAUUAUCUCGCACAGAAUGCCUUUACUCCGUAUGAUAAGUUCUGUCCAUUCUACAAGUCCGUUUGGAUGAUGAGAAAUAUCAUCCAUUUUCAUACUCUAGCAAACCAGGCUGUUGAACGGGCUGCUGGCUCAGAUGGCCACAAGAUAACAUAUAGCUUAAUCAAGCAUCAGCUUGGUGACCUUUUCUACAGGCUGGUAUCACAGAAAUUUGAAGAUCCUGCGGAGGGUGAGGAUGCCCUUUCUGCAAAAUUCAAGAAACUGUAUGAAGAUCUGACAAUUGGAUUCAGCAAUCUGGAGGAUGAGAGGAGGUAG